AAACUUGAUAACAGAAAAGUUGUUUAUUUAGGUGGUGCUUAGGGGAAGAUAAAUUACUUUUAGCGGCAUGAACUAAAGGGUAAUGUGCAGCGGAUGAAGAGAGGUGAAUUAAUACAAAUUUAAUUUAUUAGCAUUUUUGUACUGAGCUAUGAAUGAAUUUAGUUUAUUGACAGUGUUGCAAGAGAUAAUAAAUUAUUGCUUGCAUGUAGGAAGAUAAGUUAUUCAUAGUGGAGAUGAAGAGAGCGAUGCGCAUGGUAAGUGAAUGGUAGAGUGGUACCUCCACUUUCCCACCACAUACAAACAGAUCAUUGCUCUUUGAGUGCAACCAUGCACCGUUACGUGUAACAAAAUGUUUUACCCUCCACAUGCCAAAUCCGCAUAUAGAAUUAGAAAACGAAUACAAACUUAUCAAACAGCUGCUUUACAAGAGUAAAAACCAGCAUAGAAGAACGCUCAUAUAUAGAAAGAUGAAAGAGCUGUUUAAAAAGAUAAAGGGGAGAGAAUCAAUGAACGCAAUAAAAAACGUAUCUCGUGAUUUAUACGUGCUCACCAGCAGUAAUGUACCGUUAGGGCACUUCAUAGGAUUUACUUAUGUAAUAAUGGGCAUAUCAGCUAAGGUGUAUUGCAUUGCUGACGAACUAGAAAUGGAUGAGGUGAGAGAAAGUAAUGCAAAAGAAAGUGAUUCAGAUGAAAUUUGUGAUGUAUUCGAUAAAAUAAGAAAAAAUGACUUGAAAUUGUUAUAG